AUGACACGCUCUUCGCUUACUCUGCUCUGCACGCUUGUUGCAUUUGUCUUUCACGCCGUUGCCAAUGCGUCUGACUACCACGAGCAGCUUGUGCUGCAUCCGCUGCCGCCAUCAAACCUCCUAGCAUCGUUCAACUUCCGUAGCAAUGAAUCCAGCAUCGCCUUUGCGCAACAGAAUUACCGCUAUUUCCCGCGCUCACUAGGGCAGAUUCUGCAGCAUGCGCACACGAAGGAACUGCACCUGCGGUUUACUACCGGGCGAUGGGACGCUGAGAAUUGGGGCGAGCGGCCGUGGCAUGGCUUCAAGGAGGGAGGCACAGGAGUAGAGCUUUGGGCCUGGGUUGAAGCCCCGGAUGCUGAUGCCGCAUUCGACAAAUGGAUUUCACUCACGCAAUCACUCUCCGGGCUAUUCUGUGCCUCUAUGAACUUCAUCGACUCCACACGAACGACUACUCCGUCUCUCACCUUUACCCCUACAGGCAAUCAUUUCACUCCUAGUGAGAAUCUGCAUCUCCUACACGGCACUCUGCCUGGAGAGGUUGUGUGUACAGAGAACCUGACCCCCUUUUUGAAACUUUUACCGUGUAAGGGUAAGAGUGGCAUAUCUGGGCUGUUUGAUGGCCGUAAGCUCUUUGACGCCUCAUGGCAGAGUAUGUCCGUUGAUGUUCGGCCAACUUGCGAGGACCAAUCUGAACACUGCCAGGUUCAAAUCGAACAGACUGUCGACAUGGUCCUCGAUCUAGAUAGGUCAAAGCGGGCGAGGGAUAACCCGAUCCCCCGCCCUGUGCCCGCUGGAGAUUUGAUUUGUGAUGAAUCGAAACCCUAUCACUCCGGCGAUUUUUGUUAUCCAAUUGGCGCAUCUCGUUCGCAAACCUGGAGUAUAGAAGAGGUGUUUGGACGCACUAUGCCUUCCAGCUGCCCCCUCGGCAAGGAUGAUGCGCAGGUUGUUUGCAUAAAUGUUCCUGGCAGCAUAGAAGUACUACCGUCUCCUGGAACCGUUGAAUCACGUUCCAUAGAUGGCAAUUCGCGAUGUUAUUCGCUGCACUCCAACGGGCCCUUUAAUUUGGUCGUUCCAGCACAACCGUCUGCCUCUAGCAACUCCUUGGAGAAGCCGGUCGUGCACCUAGAAAGAACCAUUAUUGGCCACGGGCAAGAACGAGGUGGUCUGAGAUCUAUCUUGACGAAUCCUUCUAAAACUGAUACUGUCGACUUUGUCUACUUCGAAACUCUGCCCUGGUUCAUGAGGCCAUUUCUGCAUACCAUGAAGACAAAGUUGAGCCGCGAGUCGGGUCCCUCGGUCGAAGUGCCCCCUACGGACAUUAUCAGGGACGUGUUUUAUCGACCCGCCAUCGACCGUCGCCGAGGAACCCAGCUAGAACUUGUCUUGUCUGUCCCACCGGCCUCAACAGUCACGCUGAUAUAUGAAUUUGAGAAAGCCAUACUGCGAUACACGGAAUACCCACCGGACGCUAACCGAGGAUUCAAUGUUGCUCCUGCGAUAGUUCGGGUGCUACGAAGUAACGACCAGAUGUUACCAUCCUCCCCCGUAUACCUACGCACGACAAACCUACUGCUGCCGCUUCCCACCCCAGACUUUAGCAUGCCAUACAAUGUCAUCAUUCUGACAAGCACGGUUAUUGCGCUCGCCUUUGGGAACAUAUUCAAUGUUAUCAUCCGCCGCUUCGUCAUGGCGGAAGAGGUACCUCGACGGAAUAUCAAGGCCCUUAUUUUAGGGAAACUGGUUGCAUUAAAAGCUAGGUUCGGGAAAAAGACCGAUAAAAUAGCGUAA